UCAGCUAAAGUUUCUCAGCUGCUGAACGGCGGACGCUCCGGUUACGGGCAGUUGCGGCUCUGAAUUUUUACAGUUCCGCUCGCUAAAAAUGACAAAAAGUGGCUAGGCGCAUUCCAUACGGAUUUCAGUUGAGUUACGGAACGGAUUUUAUUUUGUUCUGAGUGUAUUUUUGAAAGAGAAAACUUUUGAAGGAAAAAAGUUGGGGGGAAAAACAAAUAGACCCUCCGUCACGGAGCAGGAUGGGCAAAGAGCUCGCGAUGGAACACACGGUUUUUCUUCUCGUGCUGGCUCUGAUUGCGGUGAGCAGAGGAGCAGCUGAGCUCGGCAUCCACUUGAACCAGACGGCCAAGCAGCAAGCGUGCAUGGAGAACCAGGAAUAUCCACACAAGGGCUUCUGCUGCAAAAACUGCGAGGCUGGCACCUUUGUGAAGGAGAAGUGCACUGCUAAUCAGGAGAAGGGAAUAUGCGAACCAUGCAAGGAGGGCACCUACGCCGAACACCCGACCGGCAUGGACCAGUGCCUCCAGUGCAGUCAGUGUCCUGCAGGUCAGAUAAUAACAGUGAUGUGCACGAGCACGAGGGAUACUAAGUGCGAGUGCAAGCCAGGCACUUUCUGUCUGCCAGAUGAGCCCUGUGAAGUGUGCAAAAAGUGCACUAGGUGCAAGCCAGAUGAAAUUGAGGAGCAGCCAUGCACUCCAACAUCCAAUGCAAAGUGUAGAAAGCGUGCAGUAUCGCCUCAUGACCCCACGGUGACACCCACAAGCCCGUCCGUGCACACAAAAGAAAAUCAUGGCACCAUAGUGAUCGUGGUUUUAGUGCUUUUAUUCUUCAUUAUUAUUCUACUGGUCGCGGUGGCACUUUGGCAGAAGAAACGAUUCUGUCGCAAACAAGCUAGCCCAGUGGACGAAAAUAAUGUGAAGAUUCCAAUAGACGGUGUUAGCGUGCCUACCUCGGAGGAGUGUGAGAACAGUCGUAACGCAGGAUUGGAGGAGGCAGAGCUGCCUCGCACUGAAUUCCGUCCCCUGCUGCAAGAGACGACUAUCCUGGGCAGUAAAAGCAUCCCGGUGGAAGAUGAGGACAGAGGACUUGGGGACAGCCUUCCAAACACCACCAGCUCCUCCCAGACCAGUCUGUCAGCCAUACCAGUCAAUAUGACACUUCCUGUGUCAGCAAAUUGUGAGAGGGAGGCAGAGUCAUGGGCCAGGGAGGACGGAACACCCAGAAGACUUGUUCCAUUACUUGCUGAGGAAGUGUCUCUAAGCAAGAGCUUUGACCUGUUUGACGUUCUGGACGUGCGCGUACACAACAAGUUCUUCCGCAGCAUCGGCGUAAGCGAUAACAGCAUCAAGCUCGCCGAGUCGCACAACGCGAGCGACAAAGUGUACGAACUGUUGCGCGUGUGGAUGCAGCGCGAGGGACUCCGCGCCAACAUCAACCACCUGCUGCAGGCUCUGCUCGACCUGGACCAGCGCUACUCCGCCGAGCAGAUCGCCUCCCGCGCAGUCGAGCGCGGCUACUACAAAUACGAGUGAUGGACAAACAAAAAUAACACACACCUCGUAAUGAACUCGUAAAGCGGAAAGAAUCGUGCCUUUCCUCGUCACAGCCUACAACGGACUGACGGUGCAAGUUUUGUUUACGACAAGUUGGUUAAUAUGAACAAAAACUCAUUUAAGCGGACUCGUGAACUGUAACAAGCUUGGCAUUUGAGAGUCAUGUGGAGGAGCUAGAUUUUUUUUUUUCUGCUGUAGUUGAACAGUUCAUCAUGCCUCCCAUUACCUCUUAAGCCUAUUAAAAGGAAAAAAAAAAUGCAUGUAUACAAUUAUAAAAACUGUACUGCAGAAGAUAAAAUUAGUCACACGAGAGUGGGAGUGAAGCAGCACGUAAUACAGCUCCUCCUUCCUCCACACGUGCACUGAUGUUCUGCAGCUAAACAGAUCGUGAACACAGCAGCAGCAAGCGUUUCAUUCUUUCACCAUCCGAAAUCAGGGCUGUGAAUUAAAAACAAAAUUACAAUGUUGAAAAAGAUGAUCUUUAAGACAUUGAAACAUACUUAUGGAGCACCCUGAUGUGAGGAAGAAUUGAACUGAGACAGCCAGGGGGAAGAAUUAGCUUUUGUUUGUUUGUAGCAACUUUUUUUUUUUUUUUGGCUUUAUGGAAGCCAACACUGGACUCGGAGAAGGUUCACGCUCGCUAACAGCGUGGCUUCGUCUCAAAUAGUGCACUGGCCUCAGGCUUUUUUUCUUUUCUUUUUUUUUUUUUUGUAUCUACAGGUCGAUCCGAAGGGCCGCGAAGACCUUUUUUUUGUCAGAGGUGUUAGUAAAAAGUGGAUGUAGUGGACAAAUGUUUGGUUUUUGACUAAUUGGUUUUCAUGCACAUUUCUAGUUGAAACUCCAGGCAGUUGAACCCCUAGUCUACACUACAUGCUACUAAGAUAUUUUCGUCGUUGUUCGUUGAUAUUGACCGUGGUGGAAUGGGGAAAGGAAGGACACGAAGACGAUCUGUUCUCCGACAUAAGUCAAGGCCGUUGGUCUUUCUACCAUAGAAUUCUUCCGAGAGACAAAAACGAAAAAUGAAACAUCGAACCGCUUUUUAGCGUAAAUAUACAGUUUGCUAAGGAAAUGUCACCUGCUUGAAGGCUGCAUUCUGCCUCCUGCACCAGCAGCACAGCAUCAAUUGUGAAAAGUGAACAUCUUCUGUCAGUUACAAACAAACCUCUUCAGCUUCUCCCGUUUCCUUAUUUAUGUAGAACCUGGACGUAUUUAUUGACAUAGUAGAACUAUGGGUAAUUAUUUAUACCUGUUAACCAUAUCCGAGUGUGUUGUCGUGUGUGUUUUUUUUUGGGUUUUUUUUUUUUUUUUAUUUUAAAUGAGAUGCCAAAAAUUUUGCUCUGUUUGGCAAUGGGCUCCUACAUUUCUUCACAGGGGGCGCUAUUGCUCCCGUCCAACAGACAACAAAUUUUUUUUAAAUAAUAAUAAUAAUUAUUAUUAUUUUUAUACUCUCAACCUAUUGCAUGUAGUAAACCAUGGAUGUGUUGGUACGUGUGGUUGUGUGUUUUUUGUUUGUUUGUAUUUCUUUUUCUCUUUCUUAGAAAGAUGAAGAUCUUUUGAGUUUGUUUUCUUUGCCUGAGCUGUAUAUAGUCACCGAAUGAAAUC